GAGUGAGACAGCGUUGUGUCACUUCUGACAUUUUAGAGCUCUUUUUUAAAAAAAAAAAGAAAGGAUCUAAUUCCUCAAUCUGAAGCAGUGGUAAAGGGUGAAUCCUGGAGUCACUAUCAUGAAAAUAAAAAGUGCUCCUCUGAACCAGCAUGGCCUCUACAAGCGCUGCCAGGAUUCCCCCCCUCUACCGGCCAUGAUGUCACAGGUCCAACUCCAAGAGAUGCCAGUGUUUCCCCCCUACCAGGUUCUAGAGUGUAGGGAAGCGAGGAAGAAGAAGUCCGGUGACCCUCUUCACCACAACGCCCAACACAGGUCUGUCCACCACCUGACGCCUCCACCUGGCCGUUCUGCUGUGAGUCAGUCAUCCAUAAAGGACCUGAAGGUCCAGACCCACCUGGAAAGUCCCACCAAAUACCACAUCCAGCAGGCUCAGCGGCAGCAGGUGAGGCAGUAUCUGUCAACCACCCUGGGUGGUAAAGCUGGCAGCCAGCCCCCCGAACACAGUAUGCCACCCGGUCCUGGCAGCAGUGCACCCAAUAGUCCCAUGGCUUUGCUCACCCUCAGCUCCAACUGUGAGAAAGAGAUGGAUGAUGUCAUUGAUGAUAUUAUUAGCUUGGAGUCAAGCUACAACGAAGAUGUUCUUGGACUGAUGGAUCCAGGAAUCCAAAUGAACAACCAGCUACCUGUGUCGGGAAAUUUAUUGGAUGUAUACACCAACCAAAGUCUCCAGCUACCAGGCCUCUCCAUCAACAAUUGUCCACCCAACAUUAAAAGGGAAUUCACUGCUCCUGGCAUGAAGCAAGUACUGGACAAGCCUGGAUCCUGUGGCCAGUAUGAAAACUAUCAAAGGCCAGAGAGCUUUCCAGUAGAGGCCGAAGUUCGUGCUCUGGCAAAAGAGAGACAGAAGAAGGACAACCACAACUUAAUUGAACGAAGACGGAGAUUCAACAUCAAUGAUCGCAUUAAAGAGCUGGGAACCUUAAUACCCAAGUCAAAUGAUCCAGACAUGCGCUGGAACAAGGGCACUAUUCUGAAAGCCUCGGUGGACUACAUUCGGAAAUUACAGCGAGAGCAGCAGAGAGCCAAGGAGCUUGAGUGCAGACAGAGGAAGCUGGAGCACGCAAAUCGGCAUCUUAUGCUCCGUAUACAGGAGUUGGAAAUCCAAGCCCGUGCUCAUGGUCUUACAGUGGUGUCAUCCCCAACUGUCUGUACGUCAGAGCUAAUGGCUCGUGCCAUUAAGCAGGAGCCCGUCCUUGGUGACUGCCCAUCAGAGCUCUACCAGCAUAGUUCUGCCCCUGACAUGUCCCCUCCAACCACAUUAGACCUCAACAACGGCACCAUCACCUUUGACCAUAUACCAGCAGAUGCGGGGGACCCCGGCCCUUACGGCAGCUCUAGUGCGUGUAAAAUGAAGGAGCUGGUAAGGGACAACAGCCUAGGGCCAAUUUCCCCCAGUGAUCCCCUGCUGUCCUCGAUGUCCCCAGAUAUCUCCAGCAACAUCGACAGCCACCACACUUCCAGCUCAAGUCUGGAAGAGAAAGAGCAUGGAUGUUAGCCCAACAGCAUGGGCUGCACUGACAUUUACAUUUUGUAGCAUCUCACCAGUGUGGCGCCUACAUUAAAGAUAUCACUGUGAAUGGAUUAAAGAACUCAUGGUAUGUUUAAAUUGAAUUUUUCUUAUUUUUGUCCACACUGGUGUAGAAGUUUUAAGUGUUACAUAGUCAGACAGCUCAAAAUUACUUGACAUGUAAUAUACACAGUGUCUGUGAAACAUGACUACAAUCUUAUUUUGGACUUGCAAAUCUGUUUAUUUUUGUCAUAUUUCAAACUUUUCAUAUAUUUUCUAAAUACACAGUGAACCUGGUGGUAAUGCCAAAAGACUAAAGUAUGCAUAUGUAAAAAUGUAUGGCUGAUAAAGUCCAAAAUGUGGCACAUGUUGUAAUAUUUGGAAAUACUACAUAUAAUAAAUAUUUAGAAAUUAAAAGUUUUGGUAUUAGAAAUCCAUGUAUUAUUUAAAUUAAAGUAAUUUUUACACUAUGUGGUUGUUGUAUUAUGAGGAAAGAGCAAUCUUUUAGAAAA